UUAUGUUGUAUGGUCCUCUGCGGCCUCCGUGUGAUGUCGUGGCGUUGCUGUGCUGUCACUUGUGCGCUCACAGUCCACACUGCACCACUUUAACGGACUUUAACCGCACAUCAUCAGCACUUUAGCGCCAAUACCCCCGCUCCCGUGAUCAGCGCCGUGUACCGAGGAGAGCCUCUGCGUGGGAGCCGUGACCGGAGAUGAGGCGCGCCAAUCUCGGGGACAGCGGAUCGGGGCACUAUGUGGCCAGUGGCUACAGUGUGUACGAGGAGGAGAAUGAGCAGCUCCAGGAGGGACUGAGGGCCAAAGUCAGCGCCCUGAAAAGUCUGACCAUCGACAUAGGCACUGAAGUCAAAUACCAGAACAAGAUGCUGGAGGACAUGGACUCGGACUUUGACUCGACAGGCGGGCUCCUGGGGGCCACCAUCGGCCGGGUCAAACAGCUGUCCAGAGGGAGCCAGGGCAAACUGCUGUGCCACAUGCUGCUCUUUUGCCUCUUUGUCUUCUUUGUGCUCUACUGGUUUAUCCGGCUCAGGUGACCGGCCGAGAUAAUGGACGUGUGUUUAGAGGCUAUGGAGGAGGAGCCAUGUACACAGGGCUCAUCAGAAAAGACCAUAUCAGAUUAGAACUACUGGCUCAGGAAAGAGCUUUUUAUAUUUUAUAUUUAACAGAAACUUUUCUGGUUGAGUGUACGCCACCUGUUGUGUCUCCAUGGAGACGUCAUUGUCUUGCCUGGAAUGUCCCACAGUAGAGCAUAAAGGACAUUUAUUUCCAUGGAGAAAACAAGUUUGUUACAGGCAAGAUCUGUGGAGAGGGAACCCUGCUCACAGUAAUAAUGCAUGUUUUUCAUGGUCCUUUUGUGCAACAAUAAUAUCUCCAUGGAGAUGAGCUGAACCCCCAGAAAAGUUAGAGUGCUCCUUUAAAUGAGUUUUCAGCAUAGCCUACACAAGUGCUGCAAACAUAAAGAGCCUGCAUAUUUUCUGAUCUGAUGUUGUGUUGCUUCCUCAUUUAGGCUGAGUUCUCCUCUCAAACAGCAAACCCUGUGUUCCACCUUGUGACAUCAUGGGAUAAAACAGGAAGUGACCCACCAUUCUAAACUCCAUACACUUUCACUAGAAUCAUUUGAGUAAUUUCAGUCCUGGAAUUGCCAAACUUUAUUGAACUAAAGGUAAAAGGGGCUUUUAACUUGAAAACUACCACUACAUGACAUAACAAGGUGGAACAGAGCAUUUUAAACUUUGGAAAAGGAACACAACUAUAUUUGUUUUUGAUGAGGUAACAUUAUAACAUGGUUUAAAGCUCACAAAAAUCAAUUUUGCGUAAUAUAGGACCUUUAAUUGAUGCUAUUGUUUCCUCUUCAGAAACUAGUUUAAUGCUGAAGGCACUAAGACUGGAGUCAAUAUAAGUAAAGAAUGUUCAGCUCCUGACAGUGGUGUUUCUAGUCCUAUGUCUGUUCACCUUACACUGUUCUAGUGCUCCACAGGACAGCCACACGUCACAAACCUCUUUUUCAGUUCCAUCAUUAGUGGUCAACUAUUCGUGAGUCUCAGAUAGUGUCACAGCAUUCUAAUAAUUAAUACAGAUGAAGACUACUCAAAUAAUAUUGCUAAGAAUAGGGAUACACUGAUCUAGAUUUUAUUUCCAUCAAAACAGAGUUAACUUAAUACAACAGGGGUUUUCAAAUUGGGUGAACGUGAGCCUCCCCUUAGACUAGGUAAAGACAGCCGAGCCCCCUCCCUUGUCCAAAAUCCCAUAUGCCGGCCCUCCCCCACACAGGCCUUUGAAGUAAAUGCAUCUUUUGUGGUUCUGCUUAAAAUGUUUUUAUUAAUGCCAAAUAGAAUAUCCAGCACAAAUUAUAUAUGUUAGGUCAUGGUAGGUGAUAGGUAAUCAUUUGUAUAUUUGACUUUACACUCAUUCCACCUGCCCGCUCCCGCAUCGUGCAGUGCCGCUCCUGCCCGCGCCCACAAUGAGCUUUCAGAAUUUGUCCUGCGCUGCACUGUUUUGCGUCGGGACCCGCGGGAGAGCAGUGUUCUACCCUGAGACCGUGGAGUAGGUUGGCCACAAAGCGCGAUCGGGCGACUACUGCGCUUGGCUCAGUGAAGCGCGGAGCUUUGUGCCGGUCCUUUCGCCCGUGGUCACCCGACGGUCUACGCAGGCGCACCUCCGGGCCCGUCCUGACACUCAGUCCUGGUUUAGUCCGCCUGUGUCGCACUAUCCCAGUGGCUCUUUGGCUCACCUAUUGAAAACCGCUGUACUAUAAAAUAUAACACAUAAAUAGUCUUACAUCCAAAAGUCCCAACCAAGAUAUAGACUGAACUGAUAUCAUGGAACCUAUAGCCAGUCCAGCAAAUUUUCCAGAAUCUGCGCCAAUAUUUGAUACCAGUAUUGUACUGGUGCAUGCCUAGUAAAAAUGCAGAUAUGCUGUAAGAUAUUGAGUUCCAUGGUCUGCUCUCUAAUAGAUAUAUGUAUUUUUUAAAUCAAAUAAUCGUAGUAUUUAUCUUGACAGGCCUAUCUUGCCCCUUUGUGGGUCUAUGACAUUACUGUCUAAAAACUGUGAACCACCAAUGCAAUAAUAUUUUUACCUUAAAAUACCCAAGAAGGUAGUGUUCUGUAUGUCAAACUGCAAGCUAUUUUUUCCAAAAUAAAACCUAUUUCAGAAGAUUCCCUGGCACCACGGCACAGGUGGUGAACAGGAUACAGGAGACGUGUCCAGUGCCCACGCAGCUGCCACCUCAGCCUCUUUUCUUACUUCUACUACUUUUGUGUACUGGAGUUUGGACUUUUCACUCUCAGCUGUAAAUGGAAUAGAACUACUAUUCAAUGGUUAAAAUAUGCAUAUGUCAUGAUAAAUGUUUAUAACCAUUAAAUCUUUAUUUUACAAA